GAAAUACCCUAGAAAAUGGCCGCCACUAAACACAACCAAUCAAUGAUUUCUUACUUGUCACAUGGCGAGGAAAUCCCUUUUGGGACUAACAAAACCUAUUUAAAGAUUAGGGAGAGUAUUCUAAGUCAUUGUGCUUUCGUGUGUUCCGGUGCUCCUUCUGAAGACCAUUUCUUUCAAGCGCUUGCUGGGGUUGAAAAUAAAAUACAAAAAAUGGCUAAGUCUCUCGUUUCCAUGGCAAAAUUUGUUUCCAGGGUUGGAAGCAAUGUCCAAAAUUCAGCAUUUGUAGCAGUUACAAAUUCAACCCAAACCAGAAACUAUGCAAGCCAAAAAAGAAUUAAAGUUGCCAACCCAGUUGUGGAACUGGACGGAGAUGAGAUGACUCGAAUCAUUUGGGAGAAAAUCAAAGAAAGACUUAUUUUCCCAUAUGUGGAUGUUGAGUGCAAGUAUUAUGAUCUGGGAUUACCCUACCGAGACCAGACCAAUGAUCAAGUCACAAUUGACUCUGCAGAAGCCAUUAAAAAGUAUAAUGUGGGCAUUAAGUGUGCCACCAUCACUCCCGAUGAACAGCGUGUGGAAGAAUUCAAACUGAAGAAAAUGUGGUUGAGCCCCAAUGGAACCAUCAGAAACAUCCUCGGAGGCACUGUCUUCAGAGAGCCCAUCAUUUGUAAGACCAUUCCUCGACUAGUACCUGGCUGGACACAAGCUAUUGUAAUUGGCCGUCAUGCAUUUGGUGACCAGUACAAAGCUACUGACUAUGUUGUCAAAGAAGAAGGAACACUAGAGCUUGCUUUCUACCCAUCCAGCGGCGGCCAGCCAGUGAAGAUGCCAGUUUUCACAUUCAAGAAAGGUGGCGGUGUUGGCAUGGCUAUGUACAACACAGAUGAGUCCAUCACUGGCUUUGCCCAUUCCUGUUUCCAAUAUGCACUGAUGAAAGGCUGGCCUCUAUACAUGAGUACCAAGAACACAAUCCUCAAAAAAUAUGACGGCAGAUUCAAAGACAUCUUCGAGGAAAUCUAUCAAGCCAAAUACAAACCAGAGUUUGAGAAGAAGAAGAUCUGGUAUGAGCACAGGUUGAUUGAUGACAUGGUGGCCCAAUGUUUGAAGUCAUCUGGAGGCUUUGUCUGGGCUUGCAAGAAUUACGAUGGUGAUGUGCAAUCCGACAUUGUUGCACAGGGCUAUGGGUCACUUGGUUUGAUGACCAGUGUCCUUGUCUGUCCUGAUGGCAAAACAAUUGAAGCUGAAGCCGCCCAUGGCACAGUCACAAGGCAUUACAGAGAACAUCAGAAGGGCAAUCCCACAAGUACCAACCCCAUCGCUAGUAUCUAUGCAUGGACCAAAGGUCUUGAACACAGAGGCAAGCUAGAUGGCAAUGUCGAGUUACAAAAGUUUGCUCAGAAGAUGGAGAAAGCCUGCGUAGACUGUGUGGACAGUGGCAAGAUGACAAAAGAUUUAGCUGGUUGUAUAUAUGGUCUUAAGAACGUAAAGCCCAAUCAAUAUCUCAACACCAUGGACUUCCUUGAUGCCAUUGCUGAGCAGUAUGAUAGGGCCUAGUCUAAUCUAUUUUAAGGAGCCAGACCAUACUCAAAAAUCAUCACUUUAGAUAUAAAGCCCCUUUUGUUUGAAGUCAACCACUUGUUAUCCUCAUCUGUGUUAAUGACAAACGUUAUCAUGUUGUUUACAUUUCAGUUGUCAAAUAUAAAUUUAUCAUCUAUCCUUUUUUAAAUGCAUUAGAAAAAGGGAGGGGGGAAAUCUAUUUAUUUUACCAUCUAAUGAAACUUUAUGGAAUUCUAGAAGUUUCUAGUGAAAAGUGAAUAGAUCUGUCUAAACUCCUUGCUUAUUGUGAUUUCUUGGAAUAGAAAAAAAUUGUUGAAUGUUUGUUUAGGAAUGUUUCCUUGUUCUGAGUUUUUUUUUUUUUUCUAAUUAUAAUCUGAAGCUUUAAUUGACUUUAGGGUAAUAUUUCAUUGGUGUACACAAGUGUUGUUGUGUCAUUGGGUGCUUGCAUAGAGUGAGAGGUUGAAUCUAAAACAAAUCAAAUGUCUCAUGGAAACAACACUGAAAUGUAGUUUUGUAAGGAUGACGUUUUGCUCAGGAGAAAGUUUGUUUAUGUUCACACACCUCAUGUAGGGACUGAAAAACCAAUGAUCUUUUUUUUUUUUUUUUUUUUUCAAUUUUAAGCUUCGAUGCAAUGGAGGGAACUCCAUGUAAAGGGAUAUAAAACAUGUUUAUACACUUGCUCCAGUGUAUUUCAACAGACACUACCAUUAUUUUCCAAAAUUUUUAGUUUUCUGUUCUUUGUUAGUUUGCAGUGACCAUAUUCAAUUGAAUGUGUUUUUUUAAUUCACUACUCUACUUAAAGCCUCAAUAUGAAUGCCCUUAAAUUCUCAAAGUGGAAGGUCAGGUUGUAGUGUGACUAUCACUGCUAGCCUACCAUUCGUACUUAUUAUUUAGAUAAUUUCAGAUGUAAGAGAGGAUCAUUUUAUUCAGAUGUAGAUGUUGAAUUUUAGAUGUGUCAUUUAAUAAACAUGAAACCAUU